GCUGGGUGUACUUUUAAUGCCUACAAUUGAUAUGCUUUUGUAUCAGGAUUGAUGGUAAGUGUAGAUUAUUGGGUCUGUUUGCCUAUUAUGAUUGUUGGUUUGAUUGUAACGGUGAUAAGCUGUCUUGAAUAAAUGCUGGCAUGUGCUAUCUCGUAGACCUCAGCGCUGCAAUAUUUACUUCACCUCCUCGGCCACUACACACAACAGACAGCAAGUAUCCUCUUCAACUUCCACGCAUGUCCAGUCUGUCAACCCAAUCGUCCUAUUCUCUCACCAGCAGUGUAUCCCCCUCAAUCAAGAGCACUACAUAGCAACCAUCACAUAACCCCUUACAUAAUCAAAUAAACUUUCUAGACCACAAAUCUUCGGGAAACCAAUUUUGUCUCUGACUCGGGAUACACCAUCUUCUUUCCACCACCCCGCGACUUUUGUGAUUUCUUUUAUCCACGAGUGCAAGAAUGGCUAAAGCAAAAGGAAGAAAACAAACAACGCUCAUCACCCUCGUGUCAAGCGCGCUGACGGGCAUGAAGCGGUCGAUGCUAAUCCGACGAACUGCGCUGCCUGUGCGGAUGAUGCGGUAUGAUCCUACCGCGAAACGACAUGUUCUCUUUACUGAAUCCAAGCGACGACGAGCACCGCCCAAUCUGCAAUUCGGCUUUGGUCGCAAACUCGAGAAAGAUAAAUAGUCAUCUCUAUUCCACUAUCACCAAUCAACCAGACGCUGUCUGAGAAACAGAAGACGAGAGAAAGGAGAAAGUUUUGCUUGGGAUACGAGAAUGUUGAGGAAGAAGGCUACUACUGAACGAGACAUGUACAUACACACGGUUUACCACUUCCCGACGACGAAAGAAGACAACUUCUCUUUACUCACGACGGAUUUGUAUAAUAAUGAAUGAUUCAACCACUUACAUUACAACCCACACCAUUGACGCCGAGAAAUCAUUUGUAUUAGACAACCAUAUCCUUAUUUUCUCUUCUCAUAAAAAUGACAAUCGACACCUGAAACGUCAGACAUAACUGACGCACCAAGCAGCAAGAAACAAAGAAAACAAAAACGUAUAUACAUUCUUUUUCUUUUACUUAUC